AUGCCCCGUGUCCGCGUCCCCAAUGCUAGCCUCAUCGCCAGCGCGGACCUUAUUUCUCUUCCGUUUCUUGCGCCGAGAGUCUUCGUCGCAUCUCGCACUGCGUCACGAAAUGGAAGCAGCGAUGCAGUACAGAAAGAGGAGGAGAAGAAAGCCGCACGUAUAGGAAAAAUCUCAAUUUCAGGGCGCGAUGACGCUCAGGCAGUUCAUCAAGAAACCCGGGUACCGCAUUAUCACCGACCAAGACAAGAGAGCUUUGCUGCGGGGCUCUCACAGAUGUUCAGCUACCAGCGAAACCAUGUAAAUGCUUGGAGCCCGGUGAAUUGCCUCUAUUCCGACAUGUUUACUUGGGCUCGCCAGCAUGUCCGAUCCUACGCCACGACGCCCCGCCAUCGUAGUGGCGCAACUAGAUCGUCACAACGCAGAAAUGUGCGAGCACCUGAGGCUCGUAGCUCAGCAGGUCUUCUUCGACAUAGACAUAUGCGUGCCUCGAAACGCCUAGAAGCGCUUGCUCUAGAACAAACACGACUCCACAAUUACCUCCGCAGAUUACCAUCCAACGUUUCGGUGAAAGCGCGAAUGAAACGAGGCCAGUACAGGUCUCUUACACGUCGCAUAUUGAACCUGCGGCGUUGGGACUCGAAUAAGUUGGAUUUGACUAGGGCUUCCGAUGCUUUGAAAGGACACCUCGGGCUCAAUGCGACAUUCGCGGCGCUCGACCGGACCAUUUACACAACUCUACGACGACAUGCGCGAAGGGUGGUUAUGAAACACGAUACCCGAUGUGUCCACUUGAGCCUCAAGCUGUUUCCGCGUGGUGUGCCAGUUGGCUCACAUGAAGUCUGGAAGAAAUGGAUGGAAUUCGAUGUCGGGACCAGGAGAUUCUACGCCCGACGGUUGCUCAUAUACCUACUGGACCGUAAGCCGGGUCGCGCUUUGCGCUUCAUACAAGUCAUGGCCAAUGAUCCGCUUCUACGAGGCCAGAAAACCGAAGCUAUUGCGGAUGCUCUCGGCCACCUGUCCAAUAUCCAUACCAAAAAGCUAUAUCUCGUCAAUCAGGGCUGGGGCACCGAUUCAUCAGUACACAAGCGGAUAUUUGUGCCUGCAUUUGUACACAUAUACGAGCAGGCGUUGGCUGCCCAGCAUGAAGUCUGUUCUCAGGAUCUACUUUACAACCUGGUUGGGCUAGCCGAGAUACAGGACCUAAAGAAGGUAUUCGACUGUUUGAUCAGACACAACACGGCCAUGUUCUUCGAUACAGUGUUGCACUAUGCGAGCGCAUUUGGUGAGGCUGGCGAAGUACAGUAUGCUUUAAGAUGUCUUGAGGAGUUUAAAGCGAGACGCACCACUGAAGUAUGGGAGUCUAUGGUCGAAGAAUUAAGACUCCGGUGGACGUGCGCUACCAUACUUCGUAAGAGUACGAGUACCAACCAUGAUUUCCACCAGACCCCUUUAGUUGUUGCCACUUUGGUGCGCUUGGGAAUUAAGAUGGAUAUCCUUCUUUACAACAUUGUCAUGAAUAAUGCAAUGGAAGCUGGAGACUACACUACUGCUUUCAAGGUGUUCAACACAUUGGAAACCAAUGGGCUGAAGCCGGACAAACAUACAUACUCGAUCCUCCUCCACGGAUGUACCUUGCAAAGCAACCCAGAGAUGUUCAGGACUUUCGCCCAACAUUGUGCCGGUGUAGCUAAAGAAAUCAAGGACCCUUGGCUAGCAACGGACUACCUCUAUUACUUGUAUGCGUCUCAUCGGGCGGACAAUAACCCCGAGCGCAGCUCAGCCCUAUUGUGGCAUGCCUAUUCCGAACUCUUCUCCGUGGCACCGUUAGAGGUCUUUGCAAACCAUGGGACUAACGACUUGAGAGAUACCAUUUACUCGCAAAACUCAUCCACGCCAGAAUACACGCUUCUCACCGCCCCUCCGGUAGCAUUGUACAUUAUGCUACAAAUCGAAAUCGAAUCAGCGCUGGCCAUAAGCGACCGACGAGUCUUAAACCUGUAUGAGAAGUUCAAGUCGUACGUCGAAGUAGCCCACGAUCCAGCCUUCAAAGCGCUAGUCAAAAAUCCAACCAUUUGGAACGCCUUCCUUCUUGCUUUCUGUCAGAAGCAGCAGUUCGCAAGUGCGUCUCAGGCUAUUAGAGACAUGACAGAUGGCCCAGCGAAGCCCAACGUAUACAGUUGGAAUAUAUUCAUGCAGGCUUUCUCCAAAACGAAGCAGAUACAGGCAGCUGAGCGUGUGUUUGAGAUCAUGCGUAGCAAGGGUAUUGAACCGGAUCAGUACACGUACGGGAUCUUGCUGAGAGGAUAUGCCAAGGCUCAAAUGGUGGACCGUAUAGGCGACAUUCUGGGCCAUAUCGAAGCUGAGCAAGAAAUGGACCCUGACAUGAUGAGAGCAUUGGCUACAGUAGUCGAUAGGCCGCAACUGGUACACACACUGGAGGAGAGUAGACGCCAUAAAGAGAUGAGAGCACAAGAGAAAAUAGAGAGAGAGGCGAAAGGGGAGCAUUCGAGAUGGCAACCACCGCAGUUUGAAUCCUCCGAUGUUAAUGCAGCAACAGUGGGCGAAUUCCAGUCGACUGCGCCUGACAUGACAAGUGCAAAAAACCAUGUACUUGGCUCUCUGCCAAACGAGUCAGUCAUUCCCGAAGAGCCAUCCAGCCCACCUCCCAUCACCGAGGCCACUGAUAGUGAGGAGUUGCUACAGCGUAGCAUUCGGCCCACGCGCUUUUCUACCGCUACCAAAACCAAUCUGCGAGACCCCGAGGUUCAAUACCGUAAACUUCAAGAGCAAAUGGGUCUUAUCGAGCCUACUGAGUCUCCAGUCGGCUUCCAAUCUCAAGAACAAUCUAAGCUAUUCGGUGCAAAUUUGGAGCUCAAAAGCAUGAUGGAGAAGGCCAGGCAUAGACAACAACCUGAGAAACCUGCUGUUGCGAAAAAGGCGCACAGGUUCAACCUUGCUAAGCCUUGGAAGGGCGAUAACCCAGAGUGA